CUGAGGUCUACGCUUUGUGCGCUUGCCAUGAACGACCCCGUCACUGCUCGCCGCAACCUCACUAAGUACGAGCGACAGGACGUGACGUUCGAAUCUACACGAGAGGCCAAGUUUGCCAAGGCCCUCAUCGAGGCUAUCGAGGCCGGUGACACCGAAGCCUUUACUGGCGCCGUCUUCGAGUACGACCGUAUCAGCAAGCUCGACAACUGGAAGACGGCCAUCUUGCUGAAGAUCAAGAGGACGAUCCAGGAGGAGCCGGGAUUGCUGUAAACGCUAGGCGCGUCAUGCGCGAUGUAUCUAUUGUUGUGAACCGGAUAUCUGUAAUCACUAUACCUUCUUCGUCCCCGCGCGCAGCGUUGGCGUACAUGCUGCACAUGGAUAGGAAGCGAGACUGGACCGCGAAGGACCUGGUGUCCUACAGCAUUACUAUGGUGGAUGUUGCUGCACCCGAAUUCUUCAAGGGUCUCACCGUCUCGAUAUUCGAAGAACUCGACGUUGAUCCUCUCGUGGUCAACGGGACCUUGCAAUCCCCCGAUCUCGACAUCACCCUCUACAGAUACUUCAAAAGCAUCUCCACCCUCCCCUCCUCCCCACAUACCGUCACCACCGAGUUCUGCCGGCGCACCCUCGAGCUGCUCAACUACCCCGAUCGCGGGUCCGAUCUCUUCAUCCACUACUCCCUCCCCUUCACCUGCUGCGGCAAGCGCGCCCUUGCCGAGCCCGACCUAUGCCUCGUCGGCCCCGCCAACAUGGUCCUCCUCGUCCUCGUGCACGACAAGCCGCUCGCGAACGGCCUCUCCCAGGACCCCGAGCCCGCGCUAAUGGCCUGCGCCAUCGCCGCCUUCCAGCACAACAACCACAUGCGCACGUCGCACGGCGCGCCCCCGCUCGACAUCAUGACCAUCCCCUGCGUCGCGUUCGUCGGCACGCGGCCUGUGUUCUACCUCGUGCCCGUGACGCUCAUGCUGAGCAAGGCGGCGAUGCUGGGGCUGAGCCCGGUGCCGAAUAAGACGGAGGUGAGGAGGUGCGUGACGGUGAUGCCGGAGAGGAACGGGAGGCUGCAGUUGCAAGCGGAUAUGGACAGGUUGGAGUUCAGGAAGGCGGCGAUGUUGAGGUUGGCGCAGUUUCAUGCGGUGGCGAAGGCGCAUUGGGCGGCGUAUGCGAUAUGAAGUAUGACAGGAAGCUCGAGGCUUCUCCCCUUGUACACGACAUGAGAUGACAUGCAACGAGAGAGAACCAUGAUACACGUCCGUGACCGA